AUAGGUGUAACUAAAAAAAGUUAAUGAUAGUUUAUGGCCAACAAACUCUGACGAUUUUUUUCAACUACGUAUAAAUGCUCAAAUAAAUAAAUAAUGAUAAAGGCAGUUAACUAACUGUUCAUUACAAGAUUCAAGAGGCUUCCACACAAAUGAUGAACGAUUCUUCUACUAGAAUUCUCCAUUUUCACUCUAUAAAUAAAUUCGAAUAUUCCGAAUUUUAGAUCACUUUAAAUUUGUGAUUGCUAACAACUUCAUUGCUGAACAUCAAAAUGGCUUUCAGGGCUGCGUCUCAAUUGAAAUCAAUGGUGAAAAGCAGCUUAGGAGGAAGAUCGACUUUCACGACUUCUACUUCUUUACCGGACUUUAAGGCCAGGUUGAAGGGUGAUUUUGCACCGGUGAGCAUCGUGAUCGGGAUGAUUGCGGUAUCAACAUCGUUAGGCAUAUAUACGGCCUUGCAUCAGCUGCAUUCGGCCCCAAAUGUGCACGUCAAGAAAUCGAGAAGGGAAACUAUGCCGGAGGUGGCGGAGCCGGAGCACGUGGCGGCGGAGGCGGAGGAGUUUGUUAAGAAAUCUUUCUUUAGGAAGGUGGCUCAUUUGAAGGAGUUAAAUCGCCAACAAGUUGUGCCUAAUCCCAUUGCAGGUGACAUUUGCUCAAGGCCUUUACGAGUUGAAACAUUAAAAGACGUUGGGGUUGAAACUAAACCAUAGUAGUACCCAUAAUUUUUUUUUUGUUUUUUUUGUUUUUUUUUAAUGUUGUAAG